GGCGGAUGUGACGUGGAGGUGAUACCGGAAGCGCUAAGGGAAAGGAAAAUGGCGAACUUCGUGGAGGCGACCAGCCAGCGGCAGUUUGAAGACAUUCUCGCCAAAGCGGGGAAAUGUCUGACCGUGGUGCACUUCCAGGCGGCGUGGGCCCCGCAGUGCGUCCACAUGAACGAGGUGAUGGCCGAGCUGGCCAAGGAGCACGCGCACACCACGUUCGUGAAGCUGGAGGCGGAAGCGGUGCCGGAGGUGUCGGAGAAGUAUGAGAUCUCCUCGGUGCCCACGUUCCUGUUCUUCAAGGCGGGGGAGCGGGUGGACAGCCUGGACGGGGCCCACGCUCCGGAGCUCACCAAGAAGGUGCAGCGCCUGGCGGUGAGCGGGAGCCAGGCCGGGGCGGCGGAGAGCGGCCCCGAGGACCUGAACCAGCGGCUGAAGAAGCUGAUCAACGCGGCGCCCUGCAUGCUCUUCAUGAAGGGGUCCUCGCAGGAGCCCCGCUGCGGCUUCAGCCGGCAGAUCGUGGGCCUGCUGAAGACCCACAACGUUCAGUUCAGCAGCUUCGACAUCCUGUCCGAUGAGGAGGUGCGACAGGGGCUGAAGGUCUUCUCCAACUGGCCCACCUUCCCUCAGCUGUACGCGAACGGGGAGCUGGUGGGAGGACUGGACAUCGUGAAGGAGCUGGCCGAGUCCGGGGAGCUGGAGAACACCUGCCCCAAGGCCGCCACCCCGGAGCACCGGCUCAAGAGCGUCAUCAACCAGAGCCCGGUGAUGCUGUUCAUGAAGGGCAACAAGGAGGAGGCCCGGUGUGGCUUCAGCAGGCAGAUCCUGGAGCUCAUGAACGGCGCCGGGGUGGAUUAUGACACCUUCGAUAUCCUGCAGGACGAGGAGGUGCGGCAGGGUCUGAAGACUUAUUCCAACUGGCCCACCUACCCACAGCUCUACGUGAAGGGAGAGCUGAUCGGAGGCUUGGACAUAGUCAAGGAGCUGAAGGAGAGCGGGGAGCUGGUGUCGGUGCUGAAGGGGGAGUCCUAGGAUGGCAUCGGGCAGAGGGCGAGAAGAAGAGGUCACCACGGAGGCCCACAAACCGGCCUCCUGUCACUGAGGCCAAUCUACAGGAGCACCAGGAAGAGAGACAAUUUAUAUAAUAGAGAUACCAGUAGUAAAUAAAGAUAUUACUCACAUAACUUAA